AAGGCUUAGUCUUACACCAUACAACCCCUACUCUCCCUCUCCUCUCCCAAUCUCUAUCUCUCUCUCUCUCUAUCUAACUAUAUAUAUAUAUAUAUAUAUACAUCUAACUUCCUAACCAACAAUGGCUGUAGUAAUGGACCAGAACCAGCAGCAACAACAACCAUACAAGCAUUACUGCCGAAUAUGCAAGAAGGGCUUCGGCUGUGGUCGAGCACUUGGUGGCCAUAUGCGUGCUCAUGGUAUCACCGAUGAACCUACCAACCAUGCAGACACUGACGAUGACUCACCACCAGCCUGCAACGAUUGGGAUGAUGACAAUACCAAGCCCAACACCUAUAAGCGCAUGUACGCGCUCCGGGCCAAUCUCAACCGCCGCGUCUGCGAGAACUGCGGCAAAGAGUUCGUGUCUUGGAAGUCUUUCUUGGCUCACGGUCGGUGUAGCUCUGAUGAUGACAGUGAGGGUGAUUCUAUGGGGUCCAACGGGGAGGAGGAUCUUGUUGGGUGUGCGGCGUGGUCCAAGGGGAAGAGGUCUAGGAGGUGUAGAACCAGCGAGGAGGAGGAUCUCGCUAAUUGUCUUGUGAUGCUCUCGGCUGCGCGUGUCGAACCGAUACUCGUUGCUGAGGCUGAGGAGUCUUGCGCGUCGGCGAGCCGGGAAGAGGACGUUAACCGCGGUUUGAUACCCGUGUCACUAGGGGACAAGUGCAAGGCACCUGCAGCGCCGGCGGUGCCAACGGGUGUGUUCGAGUGCAAGGCCUGUAAAAAGGUCUUCAAUUCGCACCAAGCGCUUGGUGGCCACCGUGCGAGUCACAAGAAGGUUAAAGGAUGCUUUGCUGCGAAGCUUGAAGACCUGGAAGAGGCCACAGCGAGAGACGAAGAGGUUGUUAUUACUGCUACCAUUACCAAUGAGAACAGUAAUUUUGGUAAUGAUGCAAUGGCAAUGGCAAUGUCUGUUGUACCUUUGGAUCAACACGAGCCGUUGAGGAAGAAGUCUAAGGUGCAUGAGUGUUCCAUUUGUCACCGGGUGUUCGCUUCCGGGCAGGCGCUGGGUGGGCAUAAGCGAUGCCAUUGGAUCACGUCCAAUGCGGGGGAUUCGAAACCGCAUGCCACCGUGCCGGCCAGCUCUCAGCUGCAACUUAGCCCAAUGUUCGACAGCUCUAAACCUCUUGAUCUCAAUGUCCCAGCCUCUGCGGAUGAGACCAUUGGAAGCCCGUUGAGGCUGGAAGUGCCAGCAGCUGCCUAUGUGCAAGCAAUGGUGGAUCAAAGAAACAAUAACAUUAAUGAGAGUUCUAAUCACUUAACUGUGGAUCAUGAUGAAUCCUAUAGUAAGGUAAAGCUAGCAAAGCUGAGUGAACUGAAGGAUAUCAACAUGGGUGGUGAAUCUGCUCCAUGGCUGCAGGUUGGGAUUGGAUCAUCUACAAACGAGAAGUAAGAAGGUUAUCACUGGGACACAAGCGUCACUAGCUUUAAUUGAGUGUGUGCUGGGUUUGUUGGAUGUUCUUUGCUUGCUUCGCAGCUCACGGAGUGUUGCAUCGUGCACGCUAUUCCUAUUCUUUGCCACUGCCUUUCAGCAUGUUGAAUUUGGAACCCACCAAGCAGUUGGACAGUCUCUAAGGAUGACCCUUUUGCUUGUUUAUCUAAAUCUUUCUAAUGGCACCUUCUCACAACAAGCAUGCUGUAGCUAUAGAUAACCCAUGGGGCCCCAUUCUUUUCAUCUGCUCAAUUCCUUGUUUGGUGGAGGAGAUGUUCAAGUAUUCUUUUCUCUUGUGACUUCCAUAUCAUCAUCUUAUUCCUGAAUUGAUAUGAAUUGAUAUGAAUUGACAUAAUCCACCGUGCACUUGCUCAACUAUCACUGUAUCAGAAACUUAGUUCCAGUACUCUUCAAUAUUUUUCUCCUCGGAAUACUACAUUUUACUGCAGAAAUCCAUAAUUUGUACUGCAGAUGGAUAAAAGACCGUUCUAGUCUUUUUCUAAUGGAGAGCUAGUCUGCUUGGUAAUCAGGAUUUCUUCCCUAAAGUUGUAGUCUUUUCUAUGUUUAUCUUAAAUAAUUGGGGCCAUGCUGCCUUUUAUCAGUUUGUGUUGCUGAAGGAGCUGCUUUUGGGUAUGCUUCCAGAAAAACUCAG